AAACUAUUGAUUUUCAUUAUUCAUUACAAAUUGAAGGUUUGAGGUUAUGUUUGAAUUUUGGUGAUUAAAUGACAAGUUCAUUUUUAAUCGAGUUGUAAAUUUGUGUUGUUUAUUUGUUUAAAAAAAUUACUAUUUUAAGCAUGAAGCGAGAAAUUUGCAUAUUUUCAACACUUUUUCCAUGUUUAUUUUUUAUAGGAUUUGUACAGAGUUCUGAGUCAGAUUAUGACGGACCAAUGAGCAUAACACUAUAUCACGCCUUGAAUGUGGACAGCGAGCCACAUUGGGAGUCUAGAGGGCAUAUGACUGUGCAGAACGUGGCUUCAGGAUAUGUCACUUCACAUCAGUCUCCUCUUGACGUCGAAUCAUCGCGGAGACUCAAGGUUUUGUCUGAUAAAGACAGUUUCUACAGGUUGAAGGCGGUGGUCAAGACAUCUCAAGGAAGAGAAGUGAACUUUCUGACAUUCGUGAAAGCGUGUGCCCUGGUGGAGUCGCAGUUGAAGGAUUACCUGACAGUGUCAGUGGACCACGAAGGGUCGGUUGUGGGCGUGAGCCAGUCGACUGCUCUCACUUCGUGUGCAUCGGCCAACACCGAAAAGUUACCCUCCAGCUUCCUAACAACCGUUGAAUUCAAACCCAUCGAACAAGGACCUGUACCUGAUACUGCAUCCUACAUUCAGAAGUUGGAAAGAGAACGGGAAGCUAGAGAAAGAGGCGAAACCAAAGAUAACAGAUCGUUCCUGGCUAAAUAUUGGAUGUACAUCGUUCCAAUAGUCCUGUUUGUGGUUCUGUCUGGCGCAUCAAAUCCUGAAGGGGCUGGACCAGCACGUUGAAAUUUUUUAC